GCAUGUCCAAAACUGGGCAUCCUUUUAGUUUUCCAUGUUUACAUCGUCAACAAACAACUGAAAUAACUGCUGAUUGAUUCAGUAAUUGGGUGUUGCUAAAUCUGGUGCUCGGGAGUUUCAUUUGAUUACAGCAGCACAUUAGAUACUGUUGGCUAUUUAAUGGAAGGUGGAGCAGUCUUGAAACAGAAAGGAGGGACAGAUGAGGUUGUACUAAUGAUUCCAAAUCCCCAACAAACUUCAAAAUCGACCAAACAGAUUGGUGGGUUGAACGGAAAUACUACAACUCCUACAAUUCUUGAAUCUACUACUUCAUUCUAUUCUUACUCUGCAAUGGAGCAAGGAAAUGUCCAGUCAACAACCGUACAAAUGAGCACUUCUUCUUCUUCUCCAGCAACGGGCAGGUUGAGUAGUCCAGUGCUGAAUCCACCAUCAACAUCAAACCAACCUCCAUCUGAAACAAGUACCGGUAGUAUUAGUAUUCGGAGGCGGCCAUUAGCCCAGUUUCGAUGCCCCAAGCCUAAGUCAAGACUAGUGGAGCCGCCACAGCCUCCCAAAGUGAAGCUUAUUGAGGACGCUAACAUACAACCACCUGCACCUACGACAACCUCGCCUUACAGGAGCCCGAUACGAAGGACUAGUACUCCCAACACUCCGAAGACUACAGGUUCAAUUACCCCGAAAACUCCAUUAAUGGCAUCGCCAGGAUAUCAUGAAGAUCAAGAGGAUGAUGAUGAUGAUGAUGGUGGUGGAGUUUACCAGCCUGGGUAUAUCCCGGAUCAGUUUGAAAAGAAAAGACAUAGUAAAAAAGUGGAAUUUAUCAUUUUAAUUGAAUGGAUUGCAUUGUUUAGCAUAUUGGGUUUUUUGAUUGUUAGCUUAACUGUAGAUAAAUUGAGUAGUUUGUACGUUUCGGGAUUGCGCAUAUGGAGAUGGUGUGUGUUGGUAUUGGUGUUUUUCUGUGGGCAUUUGGUUACUCAAUGGUUUACUGAGUUGUUAGUGUUUGUGAUUGAAAGGAAUUAUUUGCUUAAGAACAAGGUUUUAUAUUUUCUUUAUAGUUUGAGGAAGAGUUUUCGAGUAUCGCUUUGGUUGGGCUUGGUUCUGAUAGCUUGGGCAUUGUUGAUUAAUAGAGGGGUCAAGCGGUCAAGGCAUACUAUGAGAGUACUGAAUCAUAUUACAAGGGCUCUUGCAUCUAGUCUUAUUGGAUCAGUUAUGUGGAUGGUAAAGACUUUCCUAGUAAAGCUAUUAGCUUCUUCAUAUCAUGUCCAGGCAUUCUUUGAUAAGAUUCAAGAAUCCAUUUUUCAUCAGUAUGUUCUUCAGACCCUUUCAGGCCCUGCAUUGAUGGAAAAUGCUGAUACAGCUGGACGGUUCAGGAAUAGCGGGAGGUUGAGCUUCAAGUACUCAAUGAAAGGGAAACAAAAGGGGAAAGGGGAUGAGGUGGUUAAUGUGGAUAAACUUUACAAUCUGACACGAGAGAAGAUUUCUUCUUUCACAAUGAAUGGGUUAGUGCAAGUAAUAAGGACUUCAGGAUUAUCAACUAUUUCUGAUGUGCUUGAGCGGAGCGAUGAUGACGAAGAGGUUCCACAGAAGGAGAUUGUAAGUGAGGUUGAAGCAAAGGCUGCUGCUAGAGAUAUUUUUAAGAAAGUAGCCAAGUCUGGCAACAGGUAUAUUGAUGAAGGAGAUCUUUUGCGGUUUUUUCCACCUGAGGAAGUUGGUAAUGUGCUUCCACUAUUCGAAGGAACUGCACAAACUGGACAGAUCAUGAAAGCAUCCUUCAAGAGUUGGGUGGUAAAGGUCUACAAUGAACGGAAAUAUCUAGCACAUUCUCUGAAUGAUGCCAAAACAGCUGUUGAAGAGCUUAACAAGAUCUCUUCUGCAAUUAUUUUAGUAGUCAUCAUUAUAGUGUGGUUGCUGUUGAUGGGAUUUGCUACAACUAAAGUGUUGGUCUUCAUUUCAUCUCAACUUCUACUGGUGGUCUUCAUGUUUGGCAACACAGCCAAAACGGUAUUUGAAGCAAUGGUCUUCGUAUUUGGAACCCACCCGUUUGAUGUUGGCGAUAGAUGCGUUGUCGAUGGGGUGCAGAUGAUUGUUGAAGAGAUGAACAUUUUGACAACAAUCUUCUUGAGAUAUGACAAUCAGAUGAUAUACUAUCCAAAUAGCAUUCUUGCUACUAAACCAAUCACCAACUUUAAUAGAAGUCCACCGUUGGGUGAUUCUGUGGAGUUUUCUGUCGAUUUUUCCACUUCAGUCGAGAGCAUAGCAGCUCUAAAGGCCAAACUAAAAGGGUAUUUGGAGAGCAAGCCUGAACAGUGGCAGCCUAGCCACAGCGUCCAGAUCAAGGAAAUUGAGGAUGUGAACAAGCUCAAGAUGGCUCUCUACGUUACUCAUGCCAUAAACUCAUCAUCAUCGCAGAGAAGCAGCCACAGAUCUGAUCUAGUCCUUGAGCUGAAGAAAAUUUUUGAAGUUCUUCAAAUCAAUUAUCAUCUACUUCCUCAAGAAGUGCAUGUCAGAUAUGUUGGAUCAGAGUUUCCUCCAUCUAACACCUAUUGAACGAUGAUAUAUUCUUCUUCAACAUUCAUUCUUUAAAACUAUAGCAACAAAGUUGCUCGUGGCAUUAUUAGCAUUUGGAAUCAUACAAACGCCCUAUUUUGGAGGGGUUUUUUUUUGGAAGAAAAAUAAUACUGUAGCCAUAUGUACGAACGAGAUAAAAAUAUACCAAUU